AUGUGCACACCUAUCGGCCUGAUGCUCCAAGAGAAGGCAGCCAAGGUCUCCGAGAUCAUCGCUUUACGUGGAGCUGUUCCGCGAGGCCUCUUGCAGGUUGGUGUGAUGGUUGACGACCUUGUUGUGCUUGAGCAGGCUUUGAAGACCGGCUUUGGAGAGGACGGCACCUACUAUGGCACAUGGGACAGUGCUGAAAGGAUGAUCCGGGUCCAUGCAUGUGCUGAGACGCGGGAUCUGGACAAAGCUUCUACCUACCUGGAGGCUUCUGAGGAGGUUGCACUAGGAGCAGUGGUGAAGGGGCGCGCUGCAGCACAGAAGCUCAACACCACGAUGCAGACUACACUUCCUUAUGUGCUGGGUGGAGACAUCUUCAGCUUGCCGAUGUGCUUCUUCACUUCAUCCCGUAGAGGGGACGCCCCUACCGGAGAUGCUGACCUCCCGGAACUUGACUUGGCUCUUCCGUCCUGGUUCGAGUCUGCUUCUGAUGCGAACCUUUGUGAAAAGGGAAAUUGGGAGGCCAGUGGCAAGGGGACAGACCAUGUCGCUGUUCCUGUUCAAGAUGAGGGUAAUCCAUUUGGUUACAGCAAGAUGCGCACCUUGACCAACGAGGCCGUGGCCAUGUUGGAGUCCUUCCCGUCCUUCCCGCAACGACACUUCUUUUUUUCCGACGGGGUCUGUGGUUUCUUCGAUGCUGGUGGCCUCGACUUAUAUAGCGGCAACUAUGGCGUCGCAAAGCAGAUGGUAAAGUUUGGAGCACCAUGGGUGCUAACUUUUGAAUGGAAGCGCAAUUCCUCUGAAGAUUUGCUAGAUGAUGACCUGCGCAAGAA